GUAGAGUACCAUCAUGGGGACAGGGCUGCUGCGGCCGCACAGUCGCCCCUCGUAGCGACUACAGCUAGCUGGCUAACUGUUGCUAGCUGUUCUACCGAGCUGAAAAUGUUGACUUUCUGCUGGUUGUUAACUGAGCGGGGGGCAGUAGCAGCAUCGGAGGAGUGUGCCAUGACUUCCCAGUGUCUUUCUGACGACUUUUCCAAGCUUUAAGUUAUGCUCCCGCGAAAGAAAAGUAAAAACGAAGCGUCAAAACCAGCCGAGGUUCACGGGAAAUAUGUGAAGAAGGAAACGUCUCCGCUCCUCAGAAGUCUUAUGCCUUCAUUCAUUCGCCAUGGACCCACCAUCCCCAGACGAACAGAGGGCCCCCCGCCAGAGAUGGCCCCCUCCUCCUACUCUGUGGCAAGCAGCAGGGAGUCCGUAGUGUCCCGCAGCAAGAGCGUCCUCCGCGCACCCGUGCAGAGGCCGCCGCACGAGGUGGCCCGCAGAGAGAGCCACCGGAUGUCGGCGCCGCCGUACCUGCCUCGCAGCGUGGGAGACGUGUCGCACGAGUACCGCGGCUCGACGCAAUCCUUCCUCACGGACGUGAGCCCCAUGUCUGAAAACGGAGACGCUAAUCGUUAUUACUACCAGGCUGAGCCCUACUAUGAAAACCAGCUACAGCGUCAGCCCAGGAGAGUCCAGGAGCGCUUCCCUGAGGACUAUAGGUUUUAUGAACACAAUGAACACAACUUCCAAAGACUUCCCCACCAACACGCUUCCCCAGCGCCAAGCCGACCGCCCUCAGGCAUAGGUCGAAUUCAGGCCAAGUCUCUGGGGAACCUCUCCAGUCUGACCGCGGAGGACCUCCCCCUUCCUGCCGGUUGGACUGUGGACUGGACCAUCCGGGGCAGGAAGUACUACAUCGACCACAACACCAACACUACACACUGGAGCCACCCUCUGGAGAGGGAAGGGCUCCCCCCAGGCUGGGAGAAGGUGGAGUCUGCUGAGUUUGGGGUCUACUAUAUGGAUCACAUCAACGAAAGAGCACAGUAUCGCCAUCCUUGUGCCCCGAGUGUGCCUCGUUACGAUCAGCCCCCACCGCCUCCUGUAAGCUAUCAGCCGCGUCCAGCAGAAAGAAACCAGCCCGUGCUGGUGCCCGCUAACCCCUACCACACGGCCGAGAUCCCAGACUGGCUGCAGGUGUACGCACGGGCCCCCCUCAAGUAUGACCACAUCCUGAAGUGGGAGCUGUUCCAGCUGGCCGACUUGGACACGUAUCAGGGCAUGUUGAAGCUGCUGUUCAUGAAGGAGCUGGAGCACAUCGUUAAAUCCUACGAGGUGUAUCGACAGGCGCUGCUGUCAGAGCUGGAGGCCCGUAAACAGCGGCAGCAGUGGUACACCCAGCAGCCCAACAAGAACUACAUCGGGAACAUGUGACGGGAACGCCUUCGCUGAGGUUGCAGCCGUUUGGGAGCGGUCCGUGUUGCCUUUGAUAUCCAGACUCGUAAUUGCUUCCUUACCAAAUACAUCCGUGCCUUCGCUUGAUCCAAAUAUAUCAGCCAAGAAGUCCAAACACUCCCUGACGGGGAGUGGUCGCUUUGAGUGCUGUUCACUUUAGGAAUGACUGAAAGAAAACACUAGAAGGAAGACGAUCUGGAGGCUGCUGCUGGUGGUUUUUGAAAACGCUACGAGACGUGAAUCAUGGUGCAAUUUUUCUCUUCUUUCAACACAGCAGCACCAAGUCUGGACGUUUGUUGAGAAGCAUCAGAGACCGUGCCUUUCCUAAAGCAACUCUACAGUUUUUGCUCAUAUCAUGCGUACGCCAUCUAUUCCGUCUUUAUUUUUCCUGCAGGGCAAAACGACCGGCAGCUUCAUUUAUUUAAACGCAAUAUAUUUUCUCCCUGUUACGUUGUAAUCCUCAUAGACUAAACCAGUAAAUAAACGUAUGCAUUGCUCAUGUUCUGUGGCGUUAUGUACACUAAAGACAAUCGGAAGGUUUGUAAUUCUGAAACACGUUUGAUGCGAUGGUUUUCCCAUCUCUCCGCUCACCUGGCAUUGCUCUGAUUCUGAUGAAACGCAAUAAGCUGCUGGACAUUUUAUCACACCUUAAAACCAUAUAAAGGUCACCUGAUACGUGUUUAACAGAAA